AUGGCGGCCGUGCAGCGCGACUUGCGGCGUGUUCGACGCGGGAACAGGCGGCUCCAGAGCGGAGAAGACGACGAGGAGGUCGUUUUCGGACUCGUCGGCAACGCGGACCCGCAGAUAGCAGGCCUGUACUUCGCGUCGGUGGCGUUGGGGUCGCCGCCGCAGUUGUUCAACGUGCAGGUAGACACGGGCAGCGACCUGCUGUGGGUCGCGUGCCAGCCGUGCCUCAAGUGCGCCACGCGCUCGCAAGUCGCGCCGUUGAACCCGCCGUUCAACGCGUCGCAGUCCUCCUCCAAUCACCUCCUCCCGUGCGCGACGCGCGACUGUCCGCGCUACCACCUCUCCGACAACGUCCUGCGUGGCUGCCCGUCGCCGGCCGUCGCGGCGGCGGCCGCCGUGCCGGCCGCCACGUGUCUGUACAUGCUGCGCUACGCGGACGGCAGCGCGUCCGUGGGCGUGCUCAUGCGCGACGUGCUGCACUUGCCGUGGACCCCCAGCGAGCAACCCGUGCCAAGGGGGGAGGGAGGAGUGGCUGGGGUGGCGAGGAGGACGAGUGGUAACCAGUUACCUGGCGAGAGCGGCGAGAGUGGUAACACCAGCGAGCUCAACAUCGUGGAGCCGCGGAGGAUUGGCCAGGAAGUGGUGGCUCAACGCGCGGCCCCGUCGAGCAGUAGCGGCGGGGCUGCUAAUAACGGGGAUGAAGCGCAGGGAAGCAGCGUGCCUGCUAAUAGCGGAGCUGAAACUCAGGGAAGCAGUGCGAACGCGUCAUCAAGCGGCACCAAGUACCGGCCGGUCGUGACGUUUGGGUGCGGUUUCAACCAGUCCGGCAACCUUUUGGACGGCCCGCUGACAGUGGACGGCGUGAUGGGGCUGGGCCGCGGCGCGUCGUCGCUGCUGGCGCAGCUCGGCGCGCAGCACGCGCUGCCGCACGCGUUCGCGCACUGCCUGGGCGGGCCGGAGGGCGGCGGCGCGCUGUUUCUCGGGCGCGUGUCGUCCGUGGGCGCACUGAGUGGCGUGCGUGGCGUGUGGCAGCAGACGGCGCUAUGGGACAAACCCGACAGCACGCAGUACAUGAUCGGCCUGGCAGGCAUCGCCGUUGCUGGGGUCCCCAUCGCCUGGCAACCCGCCGUCACCACUUCCACCCCUGCUGCUGCUGCUGCCAGAGAUGCUGAAGCCGCCGCCGCUGCUGCUGCUCCUGCUGCUGCUCCUCGCCCAAACCAGCUCCUCGCUUGCUGCGCCAGCAGGCAACACCACAGGCUCGGCAUCGCCAGUGGCACGUCACUCACAUACCUGCCGGACCCACUCUACCAGACCCUCACUGCUGCUCUGGUGCAAGCCAUUGACUUGCCGCUACUCGCCUUCGCCCAGACGGAGGGCCACUUCUGCUACAACCUGGGGGACGGCAGGCUCCCCUGGCCCCGCGCCCGCUAUCUCUUCCCGGACCUGACUCUCACGUUCGGCACCGGGGCCCGCAUGGUGCUGCCGCCUGAAAACUACAUUCUGCUGCUCGCCACCACUGCUGGCUUCGAGGUGCCGUGCAUUGCGUGGCAGAGCGCUGGACCCGACUCUUCCCUUGCUGUGCUGGGCGACUUAGCGCUGCGCAAUCUGCUGGUGGAGUUUGACGUGGAGGCCAACACAGUGCGCUGGCUGCCCUCCCAGUGUUCCCAGAUUCUGCACUCAGCAGCACAGACCACAGAUCCCAUUGAUGCUGCUGCUGCCGCAGCAGACACAGCAGCAACUGCUGCAGAGGCUUUCCCAGAGAGCUCUGAUUGGCUCGCCUCCCUCAUUCCAGGGCUGGCUGGUAGCGCAGCCAACCCGAACCAAGGAGGCCCCUCCCUCGCGUUCCGGAACAUGGCGGUGAGGUUUCGAGCCCGCCUGUGGCGCAGACGCGGCAGCGGCGAGACCGGAGACUCCUCCUCGGACGCUCUCGCGCCCGCCGGAGCCAGACUAAUAGGCGGCGAAGCAGACACGAAGCUUCGCGACGAGAAGUCCGCGGCGCGGGUGCGAUCCCUGCGCCUGUGGGGGCUGGUGCUGCUCGCGGGUCUCACCAUCGGCGCGCUUUCAUGGCUCCUCGCCACCGCCAUCGUCGAAUUCUUCGAGCUGCUCUACGCUCUUAACGACACGCUCUUAGGCGCUCACGACGCGGUGCGCGUUCCGUUCUCCCGCGUGCUCGUCGCGUCGCUCCUCAUGGCGCUCAUCCAAGCCGCGCUCGUCGGCCUGGCGGCCGUUCUAACGGUCAACGUCGCGCCGCUCGCCAACGGCUCGGGCGUCCCCGAGAUAAAGGGAUUCCUUAACGGAAACAGCAUUCCGGGAUUCUUCGAGCUGCGCACAACGGUCGUCAAGUUUCUGGGGCUCGUGCUCGUCGUCGCGGCGGGCAUGCCCGUCGGCCGCGAGGGGCCCAUGGCGCACAUCGGCGCGGGGGACCGCGACGAGCAGCGCGCGUUCGUGACGUACGGCGGCGCGGCGGGCGUGGCGGCGGCGUUCAAAGCGCCAAUCGGCGGAGUACUGUUCAUGUUCGAAGAAGUCUCCUCCUUCUGGUCCACCGAAGCCACUUUCAAAUCGUUCGUCUCCGCCACCAUAAGCACACUCGUUAUAGUCCUCCUCGUCGAGGCCAUGGCCGGCAUAGUCACAUACGAAGCCUUCCUUUUAUUCGUCCUAAACCCAGUAACCAUUUCCUGGACGGCCAAGGACGUGGGCCCGUUCCUCCUCCUGGGCGUGCUAGGAGGGCUGCUCAGUAGGCUCUACACUGUACUGUCACUCAAGGUGCUGAGAGCGAGACGGACGGAGACGUGGAGGCGGCGCAAGGCUGUGAAGAUUAUAGAUGCUGCUGUGAGCGCGCUGGUGGUGUCGUUGCUGUUCCACCUCCUCCCGGCCAUGUCGCCCUGCAUCUCCCUUCCUCCUCCCAGCGCCUCCGCGCCUGCUGCUCCCCCUUCGUCUCACUCCACUGCUGCGGUCACUGCACACGUGUCGUUUUCCCCCACGAGGCAUGCUGCUGAGUCAGCAACUGCAUCUGCCGCACCGUACGACUGCCCUGCAGGCCAUUACAACGAGCUCGCCACACUGCUGCUGCGCGGCGAGGAGGGCGCUGUGAAGCACCUCAUGGGCGACACAGAAGACGCCGUCACCGCACGGGUGUUCCCAGCCGGCGUGGUGGGCGUGUUUCUCAUCGCGUACUCCCUCCUAGCGGCGUCCAUAUCGGGCCUGGCGGUGCCGAGUGGCCAGUUCAUCCCACAGCUGCUGUACGGGGCGGCGCUGGGGCGGCUGUUUGGCAUGGGGUUGCAUGCUGCGCUGCCGGAGCAGUUUGCACAGCCCAGCAUCUAUGCACACGUGGGGUCUGCUGCGUGCCUGGCGGGGUACACGCACCUCACCAUCUCGCUCGCUGCAGUCGCACAGCUGCUCGGCAACAGCUACGAUGAGGUGGUUCUGUCAAUCAAAAGAUCCCCUUCCUGCAGGACAAGCCUACAACUCACACCCCUCUCCUCUGCUCCUCUCCUCCUGCCGCCCCCUCUCUUCAGCAUAGGAGUAGCCAAGGCAGUGGCGCAGCUCUUAGGCCGCAGCAAGAACGAGGUGGUACUGUCAAUCAAGAAGAUCCUCUUCCUGCCUCCCAACCCCAUGUCCUCCCGUCCCGCCACCCUGUUCUCCAACAUAGCAGUGGCCAAGGCAGUCGCACAGUUGCUGGGCCGCAGCUGCGACGAGGUGGUGCUGGCGAUCAAGAAGGUCCCCUUCCUGCGUCCCAAUCAUGCAAGUCACAUUCUUCUGUUCCUCCCACCACCCGCAUACCAUCACAGCAUAGGAGUGGCCAAGGCAGUGGCACAGCUCUUCGGCCACAGCUACGACGAGGUGGUGCUGGCGAUUAAGAAGAUUCCUUUUCUGCAGGACAAGCCACACGCGCGCCACCAGGGCUUGCUGGCACGCCACCUCAUGGACCGCCACGUGGCACAGCUGCGCGAGAUGGAGACGCCGUCGCUCGUGCGGGCGGCAUUGAUGGGGUGCUUGUCGCCGGCGCUGAUGGUGGUGGAUGCGGAGGGCGGGCUGAAAGGGGUGGCGGAGGUGCUGUUGGAGCUGACAGAGAUCAUGGACCCCUUCCCCUUCCAAGUGCCCCUCUGCACGCCCAUCCUCCGCGUCUUCCCCCUCAUGCGCAAGCUCAACCUGACGUACGUGUGUGUGGUCGACAGCACAGGCCAGCCGGCAGGGCUGAUAACGCGAGCGCACCUGAUAGACGCCAAGCCAGUGCACGCCAGCGUCACCACGUGGGGCCACUUCGGCCUGCCCUCCUUCCGCCUCUCCCGCCGCUUCUCCUCCUUCUCCUCCCGCCCCUCCGUCGCCUCGCUCACACCAGAAGCCACCCAAGCCGCCCGGGACCGCGCCGCCCGCAUCCUGGCAGCUCUGGACCCGGACGCCCUGGCAAUGGGGGACACGGUGCAGCAGCAGGCAGAGGCGACUGAGAGGGUGAAUCUUGCGUCUAUGCUGGCUGCUAUGGACUCUGUGAGGCACUUGUACCGGCAACCAGGCUCGGAGCAUGAUCUGGGGAGGAUGGAGGGGCGUGGGGAGGGGACGGAUGGGCAGGAGGGGCGUGGUGUGGAGGGGGAGGAGGGAGUGAGGGGGAGUGAGCGGGGGGGAGGGGAGAGGCGAGGGGCGAGGGAGGGGCAGAGGAGGUGGGCAGGGGGGGUGUCCCCGAGGGAGAGGUGGAGGAAGGCGGUGAGGCUGGUGGUGGAGAGCCUGCGAGCCCAGGCUGCAGCGGCUGCCCUCGCUGCUGCUGCCCGCUCCCAACGGAACCUUUCCCUGAUGCCUGCUGCUUCUGCUGGGGUUGGUGGUGGUGCGGGUGCUACUGCUGAGGGUGCCGCAGGCAGGGAGGUUUCCGCUGCUGGUGGGGCGAGGGGUAAGCAGGACCCUGGUGUUGCGAGCAGAUGGAGGGAUGGUGGUGGUGGUGCAGGAGCGAGGGAGGUGUUUGGAGGAGGGGGGUCAGGGCGGCAAGGAGGGAAGGACGUGAAGAGGGAAGGGAUGGGGGGGCAGGAGAAGGCAGGUGAAGAGAGAGGAGGGCCGCCGGUGAGGCAUGUUCACUGGGGAGAGAAAGAGGGCAUGGGAGGGAGACUGGUUCCAAGCUUGGUUGAUGAUGGUGGUGCGGUUAGAGAGGAUGGUGCUGCAGAGGGUGACGACGUGCUGGUGGUGAGGGAGGAUGCAGGCGAGGGAGAGGAGGAGCGGGAGAGGGAGUGA